AUUAAAAAAGUGACAGAACGGAACGGCCAAAAUGUCAUUUUCACGUUGUGGUUUGCGGUGUGUGUCCGUUUUCCGUCAGCUGAGCACCCCCGGUCGAGUAUUGCCUAUAGCCAGGCUUACUGGAAACAACAGUUGCUCAUUGCAGAGACAAGUGCAGUUUCAGUCUUACAGCAGCAUGUUUGUGGCAGAAGAAAGAGGCUCAGCCUAUUCACCAGACUACCGGGUAUUCUUCAAGGAUGAAUGCGGCCCAAUUUCACCUCUCCACGACAUUCCACUAUGGGCGGACCGUUCCGCCAAGCUUGUGAAUAUGGUGGUGGAAGUUCCCCGCUGGAGCAACGCCAAGAUGGAGAUCAGCCUGUCAGAGAAACUGAACCCGAUCAAGCAGGACACAAAGAAGGGGGCCCUCCGGUUUGUCUCCAAUGUUUUCCCGCACCACGGCUACAUCUGGAACUACGGAGCCCUGCCACAGACCUGGGAGAACCCCCAUCAUAUUGAUCCCGGCACUCAGGCAAAAGGCGACAACGACCCAAUAGACGUGAUCGAGAUCGGCACCCGCGUGGCGGCGCGCGGCGACGUGUACCCGGUGAAGAUACUCGGCACGCUGGCGCUGAUCGACGAGGGCGAGACGGACUGGAAGCUGCUGGCCAUCGACGCCAGGGACGCCAACGCCGCCAAGAUGAACGAUGUGGCUGACGUCGAGACUUACUAUCCAGGUCUGCUGAAAGCCACGGUGGAGUGGUUCCGCCUGUACAAGGUGCCGGACGGCAAGCCCGUCAACCAGUUCGCCUUCGACGGAGAGGCCAAGAACGCUGAGUUCGCGUACAAAGUCAUUGAUGAGGUGCACGAGUUUUGGAAGGGCCUGGUGAAUGGCGCGACAGAAGCUAACGACAUCUCCACGCUGAACGUGACAGUGGAGAGCAGCGCCAACAAGGUGGAGCGCGCGGUGGCCGCCGCCGCGUUGGCUGCCGCGCCGCUGCCGGCCGUCGCGCAGCCCAUCCCCGCUACUGUCGACAAAUGGCACUUCCUGUCGAACCUCUAGAUUGAUGAUGUCAUCGCUCUCAGCCAAUCAACCGCCGCCACGUCACGACUUCGUCAGGACAACUCAGUGAAUGAUCGCAAAUGUAACUACGUAUCUAUAAGUGAUAUAAUUUAUUACAGGUAAAAUAAACGUUGGUUUUUCUA